CAAAGUAAAUCUUAAGGGUCUGUUGUGUAUCUUGAAUGGUUUCUCGAUUGAUGCCAUAUGUGAGUCGCCUACUCUCCAACGACCGCUCGGUACACAAGGCCAACGGAAGGCAUUACUAGCUGUCCAAAUCAUAGGAGGAAGAGUAGAAUUCAGUUGAAGAUCAUCAAGUAGCUGCGGUGUAUGAACCGCAAGGGAAUGAAGAGGCAACGAGAUAUCAAAUUGGCUCACUUCAGGGCCAUCUCAAAGCCGACAACGGCUUCCAUUCCAUAAAGUCGUAUUUGAGGGCAAUACAGUCCCAUCUCAAUACAAGAGGUAUUCUUGGGCAAUAAGGGGUAGAUCACAUUUGGGUUGUAGAUCACUCAACUCACACACCAUGGCCCCCGUGGUGUCGAACGAGGUUGUCUUCACAUACGACAAAAAAGCCAAAGAGAAGGUCCGGAAAUGUGGGGCAAGCGCGAAACGAAAGGCCGUGCAGCUGGGCAAGGGCGCCCAGGUGUUCUCAGCCGUCAUCCAUUUCAAUCCGACUCACGGUCAGUUGGAUGGAGCUGUCUAUGUACCGGACGGCCAAAGCAUUCCCGACGUGAAUGGUUUUCUGGCGGAACUCGUCAACGGAAUGCACGGUGGUGUACGCCGCCGCCGCGUCAUACGCCGUCAACGGAAGAGAACAACGUCGGAGCCUGGCCAAAAUACGGUGGAGACGGGCGACAACGUUGAAAUGGGGGAGGUCGGAAGCAGUGUACAGGGAGAGCCCGAUGUCGUUGGAGUCGAAGACGCAAAGGCGAAGGAAGCUCUAAGUGGGGACGUGGAUGCCCCACACGAAAUCGAGGCCGAUGACGACGGCGCCGCUGUCUUUGGCGGCACAGUGUCGGACGUCCCGCAAGAUCACGCUGAUGUUGACGAAGACCCCAACAACCCAGCAGGAUACCAACUACCCGCGGAUACAGCACUGUUCAAACACGAUGUCGAAGGCUUGAUGGGGGGCUUUGUCAUGAGUGACACUGACACUGCGAGUGCGAUGAACGCGGCUGGAGAAGACUCCUUCCUCGGGCUGCCUGAAAUCGACUUGCACGACCUCUUUGAGAUGGAAGCUUGCGCGUCUACGUUUAGGUCAGUUGGAAAGGUCGAAGGUGGAGACAUCGGGUGA